AUGACGGUUGGGGUAGCAAUAUGCGCUGCCUGGUAUUACACCAUUCUUGCUGGAUUCUACGUCCUUUACUGUCCCGUCAUGUAUUUAAUGUUUUUCAAACAUAGCUUAUAUAGAAAAGCUGUCGAUGUUUUGUUUUCUUUGUGGGAGCUAUAUCCUGUGGCUUUGUUCCAGUGGGUAUACCAUACCCAUCUAAGUUUGUUCGGAGACUACGUUAACCCAAAUGAAAAUAUCAUAAUUAUUAUGAAUCAUCGUUCUCGGGUCGAUUGGAAUUACUUAUGGAUAGCAUUGUACCAUGCAGCCCAAAACAUCAAACAUGGUGACUUAAAGGGAAGGGACGAAAAUGAUAUUUUCGAUACAAUUUCUGGUGGAAAAUCCCGGAUCAAAUUUGUUUUGAAGGAUGAAAUCAAAUUCGUGCCGGGAAUGGGUUGGAUAAUGCAGUUGAAUUAUUUUCUUUACGUGAAGCGUAACUGGCAAGAGGAUAAAAUUAAUCUAACACAAUUCGUGGACUAUUACAGAAAACUUCGAUAUAAGAAUCGUAUAGUUCUUUUCCCCGAAGGUACUGAUUUGAGCGAUGACAACAGACGUCGGAGCGAUAAAUUCGCCGAUGUCAAUAAAUUGCAGCGUUACGAGUUUGUGCUGCAUCCACGCACAAAGGGCUGGGUAGCUUUGUGCUCCCGUUUCCGGAGCGCAGGAUUGACGUCAGUUUACGAUGUCACCGUGGCGUAUGACAAGCCCGUCACUGAACUCGACAUGAUUAGAGGGAGGCUGCCUCAACAAAUCUCUUUUCAUUUCAAGCGCCACCCAAUUGAUCAUAUUCCUUUAAGUGACGACGCUCUCAAAGAUUGGUUAAAUGACCGCUGGCGUGAGAAGGAGCACAGCCUUCGUAAAUUUCAUACAGAGGGCAUUUUCAACGAUGCCACAACAAAUAAUAAGCCAGUUAAAAGAAAACUGCGAAAUUUAACAAGAGCCAAAAUUGUUCCAUCA